UAUCACCACAACACUCCCUGCUGUACUACUGCACUAACAAACACAGAGAGUGCGCACGUUUAACAUAAAACGCUGCGUAGGAAGUGAGAAAAAUGGUUCACAAAGCACGUUUCUUUAUUGCAUUGUUCUGCAUUGUUAUUGCCGGCGUUGCGGGUCAAUCGCCGGCCACUUCACCAACCGCCACUCCGGCGCCUCCUACACCGACGACACCAACUGCCUCUCCACCUGUUUCCACCACUCCGCCACCAACUUCAUCCCCACCACCCGCAACGACUCCUCCCCCCGUCUCUGCCCCUCCCCCGGCAACGCCACCACCAGUUAGCGCUCCUCCCCCCGCUACUCCCCCGCCAGCCACUCCUCCUCCGGCAACUCCUCCACCAGCUACCCCACCUCCGGCUACACCUCCACCUGCCACUCCCCCACCAGCAACUCCACCACCAGCCACUCCACCACCAGCCACCCCACCACCUGCUACACCUCCUCCAGCUACUCCACCCCCCGCUGUUCCUCCACCAGCUCCACUUGCUUCUCCUCCAGCCUCAGUACCAGCUCCCGCCCCCAGCAAGAAACCAAAGGUUUUGGCACCUUCACCUCUGGGCUUGAGCCCCACAGUGGGUGCGCCCGGUCCCAGCCUUACAUCAGACUCUCCUGGUCCAUCUCAGACUGAUAUCAGUGGGGUACAGAAGGUGUGGACAAUGGAGAAGAUGGCGGAGAGCCUGGUGUUGGGAUGGGCUAUGGUGAUAUUACUACUUUAGACAUGUUCUAUUCCUGAUGUGUCUGAAGUUUCUAUUUUUGUUGGUUUUAAUUCUCUGCCGCCGUCAUAUAUCGCUGAUGGGAGUCUUUAUUGUCUGUAUUUGAGUUACAUAUAUACAUUGGGUUAGAUUCUUUGGGAGAUUUUUGAGGGGAGCUUUUGUAUUGGAGGGCGGGUUUAUUCUUAUUUGUAUGGGAUUGCUGGUGGCAACUUCCUUCGCACUGUCUCCUUUAUUAUUAUUAGUUUGUCAUUUCAUUCAUCAUAAAUCCCAUUAGAUCAAUUUCCCAGUCA